AGCUAAAAGGCUAUCUCGCUUCUUGUAUCUCCCGAAACCCAAUCAAAUCAAAAUCAAUGGUGCCAUAGUAGUAGUGAGUGAGUGGGGGACCGACCACCAUUAAUGCCUGUUGUUUUUCCAUGACCUUUCUCCACCAAACUGUCCUACUCCCCUCUCCUCUGCUUGGGCUUUUCCUUCCCAGUUCGCUCCACCGCCUAUCCCAGUUUUUCUCGUACUCUCUCCCUUUUGUCUUCUUCACCCAUCCUCUCUUUCAGUCCAAGCACACCGAGUGGAGGGAAAGGAAAAUGAUGGGGGUAGAGGGAUCCACUGAAUUCACAUCCCCGCCAGUGCAUCACCACCGCGUUCUUCUCAUCUCCGCCGGCGCCAGUCACUCCGUCGCCCUCCUCUCUGGGAAUGUGGUUUGCUCCUGGGGAAGAGGCGAGGAUGGACAGUUGGGUCAUGGGGAUGCUGAAGAUCGACUCUCCCCCACGCAACUCAGCCGCUUGGACGGGCACCAGAUUGCUUCCGUCACUUGCGGUGCUGAUCAUACCACUGCCUACUCCGAUUUGACCUCCGAGGUCUACAGUUGGGGAUGGGGAGAUUUUGGCCGGUUGGGUCAUGGUAAUUCUAGUGAUCUGUUCAUCCCUCAGCCCAUCAAAGCAUUGCACAGUCUUAAGAUCAGGCAAAUUGCUUGCGGGGACAGCCAUUGUUUGGCAGUUACAAUGGACGGCGAGGUACAAAGCUGGGGAAGGAAUCAAAAUGGUCAGCUUGGUCUAGGAACCAUGGAAGAUGCUCUCGUGCCUCACAAAAUUCAAGCUUUUCAGGGAAUCCCAAUUAAAAUGGUUGCUGCUGGUGCUGAGCAUACUGCAGCUAUCACAGAAGAUGGAGAACUCUAUGGAUGGGGCUGGGGUCGAUAUGGGAACUUGGGCCUAGGUGAUAGAAAUGAUCGCUUAGUUCCUGAGAAAGUUUCUCUAGCUAAUUUGCAGGAAGAGAAGAUGGUAAUUGUUGCUUGUGGAUGGCGGCAUACGAUAUCUGUAUCUUCUUCUGGUGGUUUGUACAGCUACGGGUGGAGCAAAUAUGGUCAACUAGGUCAUGGAGACUUCGAGGACCAUCUCACUCCUCAUAAACUAGAAGCUCUGAAAGAGAGUUCUAUAACUCAGAUAUCAGGUGGCUGGAGACAUACCAUGGCUGUGACAUCGGAUGGAAAGUUAUAUGGCUGGGGAUGGAAUAAGGUUAGCAAUUUCUUAUUGUUCUAGUGUCUGUUUGUACAGUAAACCAGUUCUCGAGUUAGGUUGGUAUUUCAUUGUGGACCGGGAUCUGGGAAGAUGACAGAACAGUAUCAGUACACAUCCUGCCUGAUGCAACAAUACUAUAAAUCAGGGCCUGAGAGGUAGUUGAAGUAAAGAGAAUAUUCUGCUGCCUGUUACAAAAAAGAGGUUUCACAUACAAGGAUUUUAGGGCAGUUAUCAUCGAUUAUUUACUGUAUGGGUGCAUUACUCAUAACGUAUCCUUUAUUUAGUUUUUAUAUACCAAUGCUGGAAGGAUGCAAUGCAACUAGUUAUGGUGUCCUCUUUACAGUUUGGACAGGUCGGAGUUGGUGAUAAUGCUGACCACUGCUCUCCUGCACAAUUAAAGUUCCCCCGUGAUCAGAAAGUAGUUCAGAUUGCAUGUGGAUGGAGGCAUACACUUGCUGUUACUGAUCAGCAAAAUGUUUUUUCUUGGGGAAGAGGGACUAAUGGACAGCUUGGUCAUGGAGAGUCAAUUGACAGAAAUUUACCAAAAUUGAUUGAAGCUCUAAGCGCUGAUGGAUCUGGCGGUCAGCAGUUGCCAUCAUCUCUAGUUGAUCCAUCAUCAGGCAAAACCUGGGUCUCACCAUCAGAUAGAUAUGCAGUUGUUCCUGGGGAAGCAGUAAGUUCCAUGCUUCUUGUUUUUCAUUGUCUAAGAGGUUGCCAAUAGGGCCGUUACCAAUGCCUGCCUGACCUAGGAAGAAUAUUUGGAGCCUAUUCCCAUCACAUGUUACGUGGUCGCUUAUCUACAUCUUGGGAGGCCUAAUACACUUGAGUGCACUUGGUAGUAGUUGGGAUGAAAGGACACAUAUUUACCUUAGGAUACAUUGUAUAAUAGGAUUGAGGAAGAAAGCCUAGCGGUAGUAAUGUGGGAUGUUGAGAGGAUAAAGGUUCUUCAUGGAUGGCGGUCAAAAGAAUUUUUCAUAAAAACAAAUACCUCAGUUUGUUUUGACCAUGUCUUGUGAUGAAUGGAUGAUUUUCCAGGGUCAAGCAGAGAGCUCGAUGGGGGGUAACGGGAAUGAAGUAAGUGUUCCAGAGAAUGAUGUGAAGCGGAUACGCGUCUGACGUUCAAGUGGAGUUGUCUUAGUUGCAGCUCUAUCGCCCUACUCAGAGUGUAGCAGGCAAAGGCUUGUUACAUACAACGCUGGUUUUGAAUGCUGUGUUUCUCUUCUCAAGAGAUCUGUACUCGGGAUGGACGUAGUAGUUCUUUGUCAUCGUAUGAAUCUACUUGAACAUGGAUUACAUGUUGCACUCACGUUCUCAUAGCCUAUAACAUCUCUAUAUAUUGGUAGAUUCUUCCUACAUGAGUAGAGAUUCAUAUCAUGCAUAAGGAGAUAUAUAUGCAGGUAUCAUUUGAAGGUAUCCCUUUUGGCAUUUUGUGAUCAGUGAAAGAAGGAAAUCAUUUUUAGUUUUCAUCAUUUUAGGAAGUGUUUAGGUGGUAAGGAUGUUGUCGUCCUUAACGCGCCACUAUUGUCUGUUGGUGCGUUG